GCGGUGUUUCUCUCUCCUGGACGGACGGACGGACACACUGACGGCAGGUUUGGGAUUUUGACAGCGGCUGCUUCUUGGUGCUGACAGCGGGAGGAAACUGCGAAUCUAAAGACACCAAACCAACAGCGACAGAGAGCGCGCAGAGACAGCGAGGCAGUGCGGAGUAACGCAGAGGGGGGAAACACAACAACUUCCUCGGGGCGGUCUGCGGGGAGCUGUGGAGCUGCUGCCACCACAAAGGUGGGUGUAAAACUCCUCCCCCUCGCUCUUGGUCAGAGAUGGAUUUCCCGGAGGACUUCCUGCUGGACGAGCUGGGUCACCUGCAGCUCUACAACGACUCGCUCUUCCAGAACAACUUCAGCUGCUUAGACAACGUGACCGACGCCUUACUGCCAACGGGGGUCAGGGUCACCAUCGUGGUCGUCUACAUGAUUGUCUGCGUCAUCGGCCUGGUGGGAAACUUCCUGGUCAUGUACGUCAUCAUAAGAUACACUAAGAUGAAAACAGCUACCAACAUCUACAUCUUUAACCUGGCUCUGGCUGACUCUCUGUUCCUGGCUACUUUACCUUUCCAGGGCACCGACGUGUUCCUGGGCUUCUGGCCGUUUGGGAACGCUCUGUGCAAAGCAGUGGUGUCUAUCGACUACUACAACAUGUUCACCAGCACCUUCACCCUGACAGUGAUGAGUAUGGACAGAUAUGUUGCCGUCUGCCACCCUGUCAAAGCGCUGGACAUGAGGACUCCUCACAAGGCCAAGGUGGUGAACAUCUGUGUGUGGGUGUUGGCGUCGGCCUUUGGCGUCCCAGCUAUGGUCCUGGGAAAUGUUGAGGAGGAACAGGAGCAUAACAGCGUUGAAUGCAUCGUGGUUUUACCUGAACCAAGGAGUCACUGGGAUCCUGUCUUCGGCACCUGCGUCUUCCUCUUCUCCUUUCUCAUCCCCGUCGCUAUCAUCAGCAUCUGCUACAGCCUGAUGGUCAAGCGCCUGCGCAGCGUUCGCAUCCUGUCCGGCUCCAAGGAAAAGGACCGCAACCUGCGGCGCAUCACGAGGAUGGUCCUGGUGGUGGUGGCAGCAUUCGUCGUCUGUUGGACCCCUAUCCAGAUCAUGGUCCUGGCUCAGUCGCUGGGCUUCAUCCUAAGCAGCUUGUCCACCCUGGUCCUGAUGCACUUCUGCAUUGCGCUGGGCUACGUCAACAGCAGCUUGAAUCCUGUGCUCUACGCCUUCCUGGAUGAAAACUUCAAGCGCUGCUUCCGCGAGUUCUGCAACCCGUCGCCGUUCCGCCUCGACACCCAGCAGUCAGGCAGGAUGAGGAGCAUUGCUAGGGAGGUGGCUGCUGCUUACAGCUGCAAGGCUGAUGGCGGGGGGCCCGGAGGAGGGACACCUAAUCCAGCAUGACUAGGCGUGGAGCUCCCCUUGGUGGGGGUAGACCCCCAACAGAGGGGAGAGAACCAGGGGACAGGGAACUCCAACACAGAAUUGACUCAAAUAACAGCUCUCUAGCGGCACGAGCCCCCCCGCCCUCCAACUAGAAGACUGGCAUGGGGUGGGGGGGAGGGAGAUGAGGAGGAUGGGGUCGAAAGGAAAAGAAUUUAGGAAUAUGGAUGGGGAUGACAAAUGUAGGGUAUAUGGAUAGAGGUCAGUGGGAUUCAUUGUAAGCUUGGGUGGUAAUGAUGGUGAACAUCUGGGUAGGAGAUGGUUCCAGUAUUGGAGUGGCUCAAACCAUUGUGGAUCCUGGUGUUGGAAUGACUCUGGCCCUAACUCCAUUGAGGCGGUGAGAUAUUUUGGAAUGUAUCCGACUUUUAUUGGAAGCACGUAAACACAAAAGAGGUGACAGUAUUAUUUGACAUUUAUUGCAGCUCCAAAAACAACAGCCUCCCCAACAGGAACUGCGUCUGCCAACUGAGGCCGGAACCCAGUCGCUGCAUCUCUAGAAAGAUGCCUCUAUACUUGGGUAUGAGAAGGCAGGGGUUGGGGCUAGACAGUUGGAGAGUGCAUAUAAACAGCAUGGGAUUAAUAGAAGGAGUGCAGAUACCAAAAUAAAAAAAGAACACCAGGCUUUGGUGCCUGUACAAAGAUUAUAAACAUUGGAAGCAUGGACCGUGGCUAACUGGCGGUCCAUGGACUGAAGACUUGCCAAGGAAGAGUAAAGCUUUCUGGAAGUGUGAAACAGAGAAUAAACACUUUCACCACAGUUUAUUGUAACUUUAUCAGUUGAUGUUUCAGACUAAAUAACUAUAUGUCAUAAGUGGUGGACAAAACGCCCUGUGUGUCCCACAGUGAUCCAACUAUGGGGUCUUUGUUGUGAUGGUUUCUGUAAGAAUGGGUUUAUAUGAUGGUAAAAUGCUGCUGAGCCCUUAUAAGGACGCAAAUGGGCGCACAAAGUAUAAUGUGAUAUAUCAGCCUGUGGACAGGAAGUUGGAUGUAGUAUCUGCGAACAAUAGCUGGCAUGAGGAGAAGAACAACGUGCAACACGCAACACGUGAACAAUAUUUCUUAAACUGUGUCUACGGGCCCAGAGCGGGUCACAUGAAUGUUAUUUCCCGUAGGAGCAACAUUUCUCAAUGUGUUCUGAAGCAAAAUAAGCCUGAGAAACCCGUCCUCAAACACCUUUCUUAGAGUUUUUGUGAUUUUUGAAACUUUCUAUGAUCACCUAUGGGG